CCGGACGGGCCGAAGCGGAGCAAGGCGUCCUCGUCGUCGGCGUCGACGCCGACGAGGAGCAUCCAGGAGCUGUCGGAGGAGCGGGGCGCGGCGCGGCUGCGCGUGUUCGGGCUGGAGGAGCUCGGCAGCGCCACCAACGGCUUCAGCCGCGCGCUCAAGAUCGGCGAGGGCGGCUUCGGCUCCGUCUACCGCGCCUUCUUCCGCUCCGCCGCCGGCGGCCGCGUCGUCCUCGCCGUCAAGCGCCUCAACCAGCGCAGCCUGCAGGGGCACAAGCAGUGGCUUGCCGAGGUGCAGUUCCUGGGCGUCCUGGAGCACCCGAACCUGGUGAAGCUCGUGGGCUACUGCGCGGUGGACUCGGAGGCGAGCAAGCACCGGCUGCUGGUGUACGAGUUCAUGCCCAACAAGACCCUGGACGACCACCUCUUCAGCCGAGCCCACCCGCCGCUCCCCUGGAGGACGAGGCUGCAGGUCAUGGCCGGCGCCGCGCGCGGCCUCGACUACCUCCACCGCGGCCUCCCGGAAGUCCAGGUGAUAUACAGGGACUUCAAGGCGUCGAACGUGCUGCUGGACGGCGAGUUCCGGCCGAAGCUGUCGGACUUCGGGCUGGCGCGGGAGGGCCCGACGGAGGGGCGGACGCACGUGUCGACGGCGGUGGUGGGCACGCACGGCUACGCGGCGCCGGACUACAUCGAGACGGGGCACCUCACGGUGAAGAGCGACGUGUGGGGGUUCGGGGUGGUGCUGUACGAGAUCCUGACGGGGCGGCGGUCGGUGGAGCGCAGCCGGCCGGCGGAGGAGCAGAAGCUGCUGGGGUGGGUGCGCCGGCACCCGCCCGGAGGGGACAGCUUCAGGACCAUCAUGGACCCGCGGCUGGGCGGGCGGUACCCGCUGGCCGCCGCGCGCGACGCGGCGAGGCUGGCCGACCGCUGCCUCGGCAAGAACCCCAAGGAGCGGCCGGCCAUGGCGGAGGUCGUGGAGGAGCUCGAGCGGGUGCUGCGGAUGGAGCCGGCCCCGCCUCCGGCUCCGGCGACACCCAAGAGGUGACCGAGAUGUACUCGAUGGAUCAGUGAGGACUCGCACAGUUUCUCUGCUGCAUCCGCAGGUGUACUCCAUGGACGCUGACCGAGUGAGAGUUGUAUAGACUAUAGAGAUACCGCGAGACACGAAGGCGUACGGUUGGCGCGCCACCGAUUAAGGUGUCAUUGCAUUUGGUUAUGCACCAUUGCCGCUACCUACGAUCAAGGUGAAUGCGGUUUCAUGCACCUCAAUUCUAGCUAGCAUCCCUCGCUCCCGUGAAACCCUAGGAGCUAGGGCGGCGGCAGCGGCGACCUACCUCCUCCCCGGUGGGAUCAUGACCCCUUCUCCCUCCGCCCACCGCUUAGGUGAGGGAAGGGGCGCAGGCACCCCCGCUGUUUCAGACCAAUGGUGGUAGGAUGAGGAUUUUAGGGUAGAUUUCAGUCUCUAGUCAUAGGUGGUGAGCAUCGCCGUUAGCAUGAAAUAAGUAUUCUUCAUCUCGUCCUCAUUCUGUCGGUGUUUCUUAGCAUCGUUGAAGGCAUGUGGAGAGUGGUGUGUCCCCAAAUCUGGUUCUCUGGGUAGUUUGGCUCGGAUGGCGCUGUCUUACAGAGCAGAUGACACAGUUGUGCGUCUCUCCAGCUUUAGUUUUGACGGCGUACCUAGUGCCUUAUUUACA